UGAUAAUAACUAUCAGUCACGUGUGUGGCUGGAUAUAACAGGGCAUACCUAGACAGCCUUUCACCAUUCACGGUCGAGGAACGCCUGGAUUCACCAUGCAAAGUGGCCAGACAUGGCGCCGUGUUAGUUCUCGUGAUUAAUUGCGAAGGAUAAGCGGAACUAUAACAACCCGCUUGGCUUGUCUACUCUCAUGAUAUAUCUCAUGGUCACCUAAUUCUCCACAAUAUUCCAUUUAUCAACGAAGUCUCCCUUUGCUACCUAAAAGAUGACAAACGUCGAUGUUCUUAUCGUUGGAGCAGGUCCAUCUGGACUUAUGCUUUCGCUGGAGCUUGCUGCUCAGAAGAUAUCGUUUCGCAUUGUCGACUCAACUUCAAUUCGAAGCGACAAAAGUCGAGCAUUAGUUCUCCAUCCCCGAACUCUCGAGCUUCUCAAUCGACAUGGAAUUGCUCAAGACUUUAUCGACCGUGGGGUACUCAAUAUGAUGGUGCGCAUCUUCGCAAACCAGAAGUUUGUUUUUGAAAACGACUUCGGUACCGUGUCAUUUCCCGACACAAUGUACCAUGGCCCUCUGAUGAUCAGCCAGGCAGACAUCGAGUCUAUUCUCGACGAAUUGUUGCUGAAGCAGGGAGUGAAAGUGGAGCGUCCCGUGACGGCAGAGGAAAUCUUGCAAGAUGAAAAUGGUGUAACUGCUAUUUUACGAAACCAAGAUGGCAGCAAAGAAAUUAUUCGUUGUAAAUAUGUGGUUGGUUGUGAUGGACCGCAUAGCGUUGUACGCAAAUCAGCAGGCUUAAAAUUCGAAGGAGCUGCAUAUCCUCAGGAUUUCAUUCUCGCAGACGUGCGAAUGAAAUGGCAAGCCAAGGAAUGUCUCCACAUUUUCAUCGGCUCUGGAUUCAUGAUGGUCUUUCCGAUGAAGAAUAAUAUCUGGCGUCUAGUAUGCUCACGGAACCCAUCAGAGACCGAUGUCGAGCCAACACUUGAAAACUUUCAACAAAGGAUCAACAAGCUUCUCCCUGAGCCUACCGAGCUAUUCGACCCGACGUGGAUGACCAGAUUCAAGCUUCAUCAUCGGAUUGCUGAUAAUUAUCGCGCUGGUCGCAUGUUUCUCGCUGGAGAUGCAGCUCAUAUCCAUUCUCCUGCUGGUGGUCAAGGAAUGAACACUGGAAUACAUGAUGCCGUCAAUUUAGGUUGGAAGCUUGCAAGUGUCAUUCGAGAUGACAGGGAUGAGACUCUACUGGAAUCCUACAACAUCGAACGACGCAGGAUCGGACAAAUCCUCCUGCAAGGCACUGACAAAAUCUUCGAAUUCAUGGCGACAACCAAUCCUGUGUAUCUCUUUUUGCGAAACUACAUCCUUCCGCUCAUAAUGCCGUGGGCUAUGAGCAUACCUGGUCGUCGAGCACUUGCGUACAGAUUCGUCUCAGAACUUGGCAUUCGUUAUCGCCAAAGUCCCAUUGUUGGACAAACAAGUACAUGGAAAGGAGCACUCAAGGGUGGAGAUAGAGCGCCUGACGGAAAGCUUCUGCGUGGGGAUACCGAGAUCACAGUCCACUCUCUCCUUGGAGCAUGCAGUCAUAGCCUCCUGCUGUUCUCAGGCAUCGGUGAGAACAGAGCUAGUGCAGAGGAUCUGAGGAAAGCCGAGUCGCCGUUGCUCAAUGACAUCAAGCGACCAAUACUGACAAGCAAAAUCACGACGUCCUCCCUGCAAAGCAAUCAGAUCUUGGAUUCUGAAGGACGAGUCCAUCAACUUUUCGGCUUCACAGCGCCUGGCUUCGUGUUGAUCCGUCCCGAUGGCCACAUCGAGUUCAUCGGAUCUAUCGCGUCUUUGGACGAGCUGAUUGUCUGGAAAGAGGAGCAGAAGCUCUGACUCAGCAGUGCUCCAUUUCGUGUCAGUCUUGCGGCGCUGCGUGCACAGAACCUGUGAUGGGUUGAACCCAUUCUGUGGCUAUGCCCCUAAAUGGGCAUAGCCGUCACGUGAGCAGACGCUCGGGCCUUGGCGCCCUCACAAAAGGAUUUCUCCGGGGAGAAUCCUUCUUUCC